GAGAGAGAGAGAGAGAGAGAGAGAGAGAGUGGGAGAGGGAGAGAAGGAGAGAAAGCGAGGCGCUUUGAGAUGCGAGGUCGGAUGCCCUGUCUAUUAAGAGAUUUGUUUAAAUAAAAAAAACUCACCUUACACGCACUGUACAGACCGGCACAGCGGCAACUGACGGAAACGUAGGACGGGUGAAUUAACAGGACGUACACAAUUCCAAAAAAAAUAAAAAAAUUAACAACACCCCAAAAAUAACCAAACAUCGGCAACCAUUCUGUAUUCCGAUGGAAACGAUUCCGUGCUUUUGGGCUGCGUUGAAAUGAAGCGCUGAACGGUUUGAAGAACUGAAAUCCUUUUAUUUUUCUAUUCUAUUUCUCUCUCUUUCCCUCUGGACCCGUGGAGUUUACAACAACAACGCCGUUUUUUUAAAAUUUAGUAUUAUUUUUUAUUUUUCUACAACUGCCAGCACUCGGACAGCAACCGCGCUCUCCGGACAUGGCAUUGGUAUCGACGCGGCUGACGUUUCUGACUUUAAUUACCUGGACGGGAUUGUACCUGCGAGUGAGAGCGGACAGGCACGAGGUGCAUUGGAACAGUUCAAAUACACAUCUCAGACAGGCGGGCUACACUGUGAAGGUCAAUGUCAACGACUAUCUGGAUAUCUACUGCCCGCAUUACAAUUCCUCUACGCCUCCUCAGCGCAUGGAGCAGUACGUCCUGUACAUGGUGAACCGCGAGGGCUACCGGGGCUGCGACCCGGCCCAGGGCUUCAAGCGCUGGGAGUGCAACCGGCCCCACGCCCCCCACGCACCCAUCAAGUUCUCGGAGAAGUUCCAGCGCUACAGCGCCUUCUCCCUGGGUUAUGAGUUCCACGUGGGCCACGAGUACUAUUACAUCUCCACGCCCACGCAUCACCACGGCCGCACCUGCCUCAGGAUGAAGGUGUACGUCUGCUGCUCCACCACCUCACAGCUGGAGGAUGACAAACUGCACCCGACCCGGCCGAGCUUCACUCUCACACCCGAAGACAUCAAGAUCGAGGACAUUAAUGAUUUCAACUCAGAGAUUCCCAAACUGGAGAAAAGUAUCAGUGGGAGCAGCCCGUCCCGGGAGCAUCUCUGUGCCACAGUGUCCAUGCUGUUCCUGUUCGCUCUCUCCGUGUCCUAGCGGGGCUGCCACAUGCCAAGCACACGCCAAGCACACGGGAGGGGCCUCGCUGCGAAGGAAUAGCUACGAAACACACAGACAUACAAACAUACUGAAACACACACACACACACACAGACAUACAAACAUACUGAAACACACACACACAGACAUACAAACAUACUGACAGACAUACCGACGCACACACACACACACACACACACACACACACA